CGCUGUGCGGCCGCCAUGUUGUUGUGGUUGUGAGGAGGCGGUGGCAGCGGAGAGGAGCCUAGCGACCCCGACCCAGGCAGGAGGCCGUGCCCCGGGGCGCUCCGCGCCAUGCCCCGCCGUACGCUUUUACUAUUACGGAAAGAAGAGCCUCAAAGUGUUGUGAGCAAAGACGAGGAUUUCUCCUCCUAGCCUGGGCCUGUCAUGGAUGAAGAGACUCAGCACAGCCUUGAAUGCAUCCAGGCUAAUCAGAUCUUUCCCAGGAAGCAGCUGAUCCGAGAGGAUGAGAAUCUUCAGGUCCCUUUCCUUGAACUUCAUGGUGAGAGCACAGAGUAUGUGGGACGAGCAGAGGAUGCCAUUAUUGCACUUUCUAAUUACAGACUGCACAUCAAAUUCAAGGAGUCUGUUGUGAAUGUUCCAUUACAGCUUAUAGAAAGUGUUGAAUGCCGAGAUAUAUUUCAACUUCAUUUGACUUGCAAAGACUGCAAAGUUAUCAGGUGUCAGUUCUCUACCUUUGAGCAAUGUCAAGAGUGGCUUAAGCGACUGAACAAUGCCAUUCGCCCUCCUUCGAAGAUAGAGGACCUUUUUUCAUUUGCAUACCAUGCUUGGUGUAUGGAGGUGUAUGCCAGCGAAAAAGAACAGCAUGGGGAUUUGUGCCGGCCAGGGGAGCUUGUAACUUCGAGGUUUAAAAAUGAAGUUGAACGGAUGGGUUUUGAUAUGAACAAUGCCUGGAGGAUAUCCAAUAUCAAUGAGAAAUACAAGCUCUGUGGUAGCUACCCACAGGAGCUCAUAGUUCCCGCCUGGAUCACGGACAAGGAGCUGGAGAGUGUGGCAAGCUUUCGGUCCUGGAAGCGUAUCCCGGCUGUGGUUUACAGGCACCAGUGUAAUGGGGCAGUAAUUUCCCGUUGUGGACAGCCCGAGGUCAGCUGGUGGGGCUGGAGAAAUGCAGAUGACGAACACCUUGUCCAGUCAGUGGCCAAAGCAUGUGCCUCAGACGCUAGGUCCAAAAGCAGCAAAUUAAUGAAUGGAAACUGUUCCAGAGACUUCUCCAAUGGAGGGGACCUCUCUGAUGUGGAAUUUGAUUCCUCAAUUUCUAAUGCUUCAGGAGCAGAAAGUUUGGCCAUCCAGCCUCAGAAGCUUUUGAUUUUGGAUGCACGUUCUUAUGCAGCUGCUGUGGCUAACAGAGCCAAAGGUGGAGGCUGUGAGUGCCCAGAGUAUUAUCCAAAUUGUGAAGUGGUGUUCAUGGGGAUGGCAAACAUCCAUUCUAUCCGGAAGAGCUUUCAGUCGCUGCGCUUGCUCUGCACACAGAUGCCAGACCCAGGAAAUUGGUUAUCAGCACUGGAAAGUACCAAGUGGCUGCAGCACUUGUCUGUGCUUCUGAAAUCUGCACUAUUGGUAGUGCAUGCAGUAGACAGAGACCAGCGACCAGUCUUGGUGCACUGCUCGGAUGGCUGGGACCGAACCCCACAGAUAGUGGCGCUGUCCAAACUGCUGCUAGAUCCAUAUUACAGGACCAUAGAGGGUUUCCAGGUGCUAGUGGAGAUGGAAUGGCUGGAUUUUGGCCACAAGUUUGCAGAUCGCUGUGGCCAUGGUGAGAAUUCGGAUGACCUAAAUGAGCGCUGCCCAGUAUUUUUACAGUGGUUGGACUGCGUCCAUCAGCUCCAGAGGCAGUUCCCUUGCUCUUUCGAGUUUAACGAAGCAUUCCUUGUCAAAUUGGUGCAGCACACCUACUCUUGCCUCUUUGGUACAUUCCUGUGCAACAAUGCGAAGGAGAGAGGAGAAAAACAUACUCAGGAAAGGACAUGUUCUGUCUGGUCUCUGCUGCGGGCAGCAAACAAAGCCUUCAAAAACCUGCUUUACUCCUCCCAAUCAGAAACUGUGCUGUAUCCAGUGUGUCAUGUGCGUAAUUUAAUGCUCUGGAGUGCUGUUUACCUACCAUGUUCUUCCCCCUCCACCCCUGCUGAUGACACCUGUGCCCCUUACCCAGUUCCAGGCUCCAGCCCUGAAGAUCAGUCUCUGGGCAGGCUACCAAAGACAAGAUCGUUUGACAAUCUGACAACGGCCUGCGACAGCAACGUGCCUACAACUAACCGACGUAGUAGUGAUCCCAGCCUAAAUGAAAAGUGGCAAGAGCACCGUAGGUCCCUGGAGCUGAGCAGCCUUGGCAACCCAGGGGAUGAUCCAUUUGAUGGGGACAGCCUGAGCAAACAAGGCAGGGCUCUUGUUGGAGCAGAGCUUUCAGUUGCAGCUGGCGUGGCAGAGGGACAGAUGGAGAACAUUUUGCAGGAGGCCACCAAAGAGGAUGUUGGUCUGGAGGAGCUCUUGAGGGGUACCCUGGAGACAACAGGCAAAGAGGAUGAGGAGGAGGUUAUCCUGGGUAAGGAGAACAGAACUGAAAAUCUUGAUGGGUAUGUUGAUGGCCUCUAUGAAAAGACUGAGAUGGAUACAGAUACUUUAAUAAACAAUCCAGUGUCCAAUCCACAUCCAGUUUCACAAGGUUCUUCUGAGCUUAAAAGACAACAGGAGGAGCCUAUGGAUCUCAGUAACAGUAUCCAGAAGUUACUUCCGGUGAAAGGACUACAAACUGUCCCCUUGGAGAGUACUGUAAAUAGUGACAUUCAGAAGAAUGUGGAGGAAGGUGUUAGUAGACUUAAUAUAGAAGCAGAGAGCCCUCCAUUGCCCAUCACAAUCCAACAUGAGGCAAAAACAUCCAACAUGGAAAGUUCUACCGAAACUUUAACAGAGAAUGGAGCAAAGCAAGAGCUGAUUCAGAAAGGCGCUCGCCACGGACCUCGUCUGAUGGACAACAGUGCUGAAGAACUUUCUCAAACAACUGAAAACAGACCUGAGGGGGAAAACAUGAUAGAGCUACACAGACUGGGAACAAAAGUAAACAGGACUUCUAACAGCAGCAACACACACAGCUCAAUGCCUUCCCCUUGUGCCUUGCCUUUAACUGAAUGUAAAGAUGAGAUUGUGUGUAAUGGGGAGCUGGAGACUGAGAACAAGGUGACAGAGAAACCUGCAGGAUUUAAUAUUACCCAGAAAUACCCUGCAGCAAAUGGACACUGUGUGAAUGGAGAGGAUGAUAGGAUCAAAACCUCUCUGAGCUGGCAGGUCUCUACAGCUAGUUGUAGUUCUGCCCAGUUUCACUUGAGGAACUUGCACCAUAAGUGGGUGCAUGGCCAUUCUGGGAGGCAACAGACAGUUAGCAGCCCAGACCAACCCACCAGGAGCCACUUGGAUGAUGAUGGGAUGCCAAUCUACACUGAUGUUAUCCAGCAGCGCCUGCGUCAGAUUGAAACUGGGCAUCAGCAGGAAGUGGAGAUAUUGAAGAAGCAAGUGCAGGAGUUGAGGAGCCGGUUGGAGAGCCAGUACCUGAAUAGUUCACUACGUUUCAAUGGCGAUUAUGGGGAUGAAGUGACUUCAAUACCCGACUCGGAAAGCAAUCUGGAUCAGAACUGCUUGUCUCGCUGCAGCACAGAGAUUUUCUCUGAAGCCAGCUGGGAGCAGGUGGAUAAACAGGACACAGAGGUGACACGAUGGCUUCCAGACCACCUCGCUGCACACUGCUAUGGCUGUGACAGUACAUUCUGGCUUGCCAGCAGGAAGCACCACUGCAGGGACAUUGAACGUGUUGAUCAAACCUGGAAUUGUGGGAAUGUGUUUUGCUCCAGUUGCUGUAACCAGAAGGUGCCAGUUCCCAGUCAACAGCUCUUUGAACCCAGCAGAGUCUGCAAAUCUUGCUACAGCAGCUUGCAUCCCAGUAGUUCCAGCCUUGACCUUGAACUGGAUAAACCCAUCGCUGCCUCUUCAAAUUGAAGCUCCAGCCUAGAAGGAAGGGUGAAAAAGACCAUGCUGACUCUUCUCCUAAACAGACAUGCUUGGUGGACAGAGGCUGGUAGGACUGGAGAAGCCGUGCCGUGCACUUUGGAGUUUGGGCAUGGAUCACUGCUCAGAGGGACAGAACUCUAGGACGUACCACUGGAUUGUGGAAUUCUUCUUUUCCAGCUAUUCCCCCCUUUCCUUUUUAUCCUAUUGGUGUGUGUGUGUGUAUAUAUGUAUGUAUUUUUUUUAGUUUUUCUGGAAGACUGGGGAAGUGGGAAAGGGGCUGGGCCCAGGACCAGGUCUCCCUCAUGCUUCUAGCUGCGCCACCAUUGAACUGUGCUGCAGACAGACUUCUCAAUUUUAUGGAGGAAAGGAGAGGAGGGGAAUCAGUCCAGAGACAGCGUGCGGAGUGUGAAUACCUGUCAUGUCAGUGCAAGUGCUUUCAGUCACUCCUAUUACUUCCAAACAAGAAACUGCUGUUUGGGAAACUGUUGCUGCUAGAAAAAAUGGGAAUCUCUUUCCCAAGAGAGGACUCUCCCUCUGUUCUUAGAGUGGGUUUACUUAGCCUCACUGCGUGAAAGGGGGAUCAAUCACAGAUUACCAUACUCAGCGGCUCUGUAUUUACAUAUGUAAUCCACAUCUUUUAUUGCCAUUAGCCAAGCCGGCUGUGGCUUUGAGUGGAAACACCUGGACACCUUUGGCUAAGGAAAGUAUGUGCUUAUUUAAGGGAAGUGAAAGGGAAGGGGAUUGAAUGGCUUCCUGUUCAGGACUGGUUUUACAUUGGUGCUUCUAUGUAAGGUUCUGUAAAUGUAACUCAUCAUAAAGAAAACGGUGUCAGGGAAAUUAGGAGACCUUUAAACUACUACCCUUGUCCCAUUUUUUUAGAAUAGUUUAUCCAGAAUGCAGAGCUGGUUCAUUGAUCGGGCACUCACUGUGGUGCAUUCAAACAUAGACUGAAUGUCAUACUGAUGAUCAGACUCACACUUUAAUGAGAGAUUUCAAAGCAACUAUAGAAUGGCUGUGAUAUCUUGCUGAGUAAAAUUUCACUGGCCUGAGGCUACCAGUCAGUGAAAAUAAGUACAUUGAUGCUUGUCAUGUCUGUGGAACAUUUCCUCCUUUUCAUUCUGUGAUCUGUAUACUGUAGACUUGAUAAUCCUAAACAAGCAUCUAAACAAAAACCAA